UAUGACUUUAUUAAAGAAAAAGCUUUUAAAAAGGUGUUAUAAAAACUAAAUAAAAAAAUAAAUACAAAAAUCUGCUAAAACUGUGCCAAAUUAUUUUUGUUAUAAAAAAAUUUUAAAGUUAAUUGUGUUAAAGACUUAUAGCCGAUUAAGAAAAACGAAACUGUAACUGUUGAUUGUGGAGGAGAGAACGCAUAUUUUUCCAGCUGCCGGAAUUGAAACUUAGAAAUAUUGGAGCAAAUAUCAUCAGCACUGUUUAAUUUCACAAAAUGGGAACUAUUGAAAAACGUACAUUUUCAUUCCGUUUGAGAAGAUCGCGUGCCGGUGAUGGUGGCAGCACUAACUCGCGUAAUAGCAACAAUAAUAGCAGCACCUGCACGGACAACAACCGUUGCAAUUCACCCUUGACACCAACCAGUGCCAGCAUGAAACUGGAGGUGCCUACUUCAAAAGCUUCGGUGAGUCGUCGCAGCAGCAUUUAUAGAAAACCGGACAAGGAUGAUAGUGGCCUGAUACAUAUCAUACGUGACAUUGAGUUGCCUUUAAUGUCCUUUAACGAUCAAUAUAACAUCACCAAGAUCUUGGCUGAGGGUUGCUUUGCCAAAAUUAUGCUAGCUUUGCAUAGACCUACCCAGACUGAAGUUGUGCUUAAGGCUGUACAUGCUGAGUUAACCACUGUGCAGGAAUUUCAAAAGGAAUUUCACUUUAAUUAUGAGUUGUCUCAUCAUCGUCAUAUUUUGAGUGCUUAUAAUGUGGCUUUUCAGACCAAGGACUAUUAUGUAUUUGCUAUGGAACAUGCCGAAUAUGGCGAUUUGGCCUCUAACUUGGGACCGAAUGGUUUGCAUGAAAAUGCCUGUAAGAUGAUUACCGAACAGCUGAGCUCGGCUUUAGGUUUUAUGCAUUCGAAAAAUUUGGUUCAUCGUGAUUUAAAAUUGGAAAAUGUUUUGGUUUUUAAACCCGACUUUAGUCGUGUUAAGUUGUGUGAUUUCGGAGCCACUACCAAGAAAGGAGUUUUAGUUCACAAAGUCAAACAUACCUGGACUAGUUUUGUACCGCCCGAAGUUUUGGAAAUUGUCAAGAACGAAAGAUUCACCUGUUUGCCUUCAAGUGAUUCAUGGCAAUUUGGCAUUUUAAUGUUUCAUAUUUUAACUGGCAGUGCCCCCUGGAAUGCCGCCGAUUGGGUUAAAGAUGUCAAGUAUUGCAAUUUUAUGAAAUAUGAACAACGUAAAACUACCAAAAUACCCGAUAGUUUUAGAAGAUUUUCGGCCCGUUUAAUGAGAUGCUUCCGUAAAUAUUUAUCUCACGAUCCUGAGGAUAGAUGCAAAGUUACUGAGAUUUCCAAAUACAUGAAAGAUAGAUGGGUGGAAUGUCGCAUAUCAACCUCCAAAUCUGCAACACUCAUAUCUCCCAGUCCGGAUCAAGAUUCCUGCAUUUAUUUAAAUCAAAGAGAGGGACGUAAUUCAGCCGAUGAGAAUAAAUCCCGUCUUAAACGCAUGAUGUCCAAUUAUGGCAUCGAAAGUCCCCUUGAUCAAAAUGCUGUGCGCAAACGUGUUUUGGAAUGGCUGGAAACCUGCGAUAAUAAUUUUGAUACCGAAAUAGAAAGUUUAGUGGUGGUGGAUGUAGCGAAUUAAGUUAAUUUAUAGAAAAAAGCUCAUUUUAUUUGGAAAAUGAGUUGGUUAGACAAAUGUCAAUUCCGACAAUAAUGUACACAAGUUUUUAAAGUCUUUCUUUUAAAGCCAAAUGUAUAUUUUGAACUUUGAAAUUAAUCGCCUUCGUUUAAACGAGUUUACUUUUGUUAUAGGAACAUCUAUUUCCUAUAAAACAAAGCUUUUUGUGUAAAGCGUUAAAGCAUAAGAUGUAAACGGUAAUCCGAAUACAAACUAUAUUUACAUACAUAUACAUAGUAGAGACGAAACAAAAUAUCAGUAUAAAUUUUAUACGAUUUAAGAUGUUGCAAAGGACAGUGUUGCUUAAAAUAUGUUAAAGCUUUCUUUUGGACUGACAAACAGGAUUUGUGAGUUGUUGUCAGAGGUUUUAUGAUGAAUAAGGGGGUGGCACUGUUAAAUAAUUUGUAGUUUUUUACUUAAUUUUAAUUUAAUUAUAAAUAAACAGAGCUGGUAUCUAUUAUGCUAUAUAUAUUUAUAAGUAAUAAUUAGCUCUUUAGAUAAAAUUACUGAAAAAUUACUUCCAUUAAUUAAUUAAAACUAAGUUAAGUUUUAAUACACAACCAAAAAAGAAAUAAAUUAUAAAACGAUUUAAUUAUUAAAAGUUUAAUAGUAUUUAUUAAAAAAAAUAUAUUAUUGUGUUGUAUAUAUGUAUGUAUGUUUUACGAUAGUUGUAUGUAUGAGUUAUUAUUUACCUAAAUAUUGUUAAUACUAAUUUAUUUAAUCUAAAUAUUUGUAUUUUCUAAAUACAAAAAUACCUAUUGCAAAAAUAAACAUAAAAAAAACAGAAAUUAUAUACAAUAAUAAAUAUUGAAAUAAGUUUUGUGAUUUAUUUUCAAAAUUGAAAGAAAUACAGUGGAACAAAAGUGGAAAUGAUGUGAAAUUAAAAAUUUCCUUUGUGAUGCAUAGCUACACAAAUUAUAGUUCUGGGAGAUUA